AUCGAAAAGGCGUCGUUUCUGCAAUGUUUUGAAAAUCCUGCGCAUGCGCAGCAAGAGGAUAGGCGUAGUGACGACACAAUAAACAAGGCAUUUAAACGGUGAGUUGUCACGAAAGCGAAACUAGCUGGAAAAUCGAAGCUUCAGUUGAGAGGAAUGUACGGCGUUGCUGAAAGAUGCAGCAUGUCUCUAAAAGGAACAAUAAACCCCAUGCUAAUGAAGAAGGAGUCAUCUCCUUGAUGUCCAUCAGGAACGGAGGACCAGAGCUAAACUUCACAGAGAUGCUACCUACAGAGAUGAGCGUGAAGAUCUUCAGCGAUCUGGACAUAAGGAGCCUGUGUCGUGCCUCGGUUACCUGCAAGCGCUGGAAAGUGAUCAUCGAGGGCAGCGAAAAGCUGUGGAGGAGCCACUGUCUGGGCGUGCUGGCUGUCUGCCCAAGGGAGGUGGAUUGGGACCGGAGCGACGGACAUUCCUGGAAGGUGACUCUGGUUCGUAAUUACCAGAAGAGCUGCGUAAAAAGAAGAUGGUUGAAAGGUAAGUACAGCAACAUCCGCUGUGUUGAAGAUCUGCCACCAAACAGCAUGUGCUCUCUGGAUGUAGAGACAUGGGGGGAAAUCCUGGAGGCCGAGCUGGAGAGAUAAACCUCCGAAUACAGACUUUUAAAGUGAUGAUGAACUGCUGUAAGGACUUACUGCUGAGCACAAACAUGUCUUCUGAAGCACUUGUGUAAAAAAUGUAAUUGAUUGUAAUUAAUAUUUAAAAUUAUUUUAAAAUGUAUAAUUUAUUAUGGAAAAUGAUUGAUGGAUGUUGGCAAGAAAAAUGAUCUUAUUCAUGCAGUUAAUCAGGACAGAGUUUGUUAGAAAGUAGGGAUUGAAUUGUAGAGCAGAGAUUUAAACAUUUUUAAGCAAGCAGUGUGAAUAUGUAUUCUAUUGUUCAACAAUGAAAACUGAACUUUUAAAUUUUUUAUAUACUGUUGAUCACUAAAAUUAUUAUUAUUAUUAUUAUUAUUAUUAUUAUUAUUAUUAUUAGUAUUAUUAGUAUUAUUCAUUCAUUCAUUCAUUUUCUACCGCUUAUCCAAACUACCUCGGGUCACGGGGAGCCUGUGCCUAUCUCAGGCAUCUUUAGGCAUCAAGGCAGGAUACACCCUGGACGGAGUGCCAACCCUUCACAGGGCACACACACACACACACUCUCUCAUUCACUCACGCAAUCACACACUACGGAGAAUUUUCCAGAGAUGCCAAUCAACCUACCAUGCAUGUCUUUGGACUUUACUAACUACUACUACUACUACUACUACUACUACUAAUAAUAAUAAUAAUAAUAUGAAUAUGAAUAUGAAUAUGAAUAUGAAUAUAAAUAUAAAUAUGAAUAUUUAAUUAUU